UCAUCUUUGCACAAGCUGCUUGUUUUGUAAUAAUGAUUUCAUAUAGAUGUGAGGAAACGUCGGUGAACCAGGACAGUCAUGGCCGGUGUUUGUUCUGUAACAAUGACAUUUCAUGGUCUUGCAUAAAAUAAUAUACACUUGUUUAAACUUGUUUACUGUGUAUAGACAACAUUUGAAAUACCGAAUGGCAUCGUCAGAUUUUAUUUUAAUAUAAAAUGAUACCUUCAUGUAUAUCAGUAGAUAAAAAUGCUAAACCAGCCUGUACCACAUGCUGUAUCACAUCAAAACAAACUACCAUAUUGGUAAAUUAUAUAGCUGCGCUUCUCCCAUUAAUUAGUGAUUCAGUGACCAUAUCAAAGCAGUGCGAGACUUUCUAAGCAAAUGAAUGUGUUGUCAGAAAAUGUUACUUAUGGUUCGCAAAUACAUUGAUCCAGGGUUCAUCAUCAUUGCGAAUUCUGAUGAAUAUUUUGAUCAAAAUGCAAUUUGUGAGAUCGUGAUGCAGAAAUUUAAAUGGGAUUUAAAUACCUAACCCAACUGUUGGGCUGGGCUAUGGCAAAACAAUUUUUUCAUAUCAGUCGAUACUGAUAAUCAUCGACAAAGUGAACGGACUGCAAACUGAAGUCUAAUUUUGAUAAAUAAAUCAUUUAACAAUAAAGUAUGUUGUCUCAGGGAUUAACAUGCAGUUUGUUGGUAAGAUUUUUCUCUGACUGCCUCGCUGCUCCUACCAGGGGACAGGUUGGACAUUGCUGGUAGAGCUGUCGCCCAUCCUGUAAUGGAGAAUAAAAUGCUGUACAGUGUAUUUCUUUGUCUGGUAUUUCAAUAGUCUGAAAGUGGAAACUACAAUUGCUGGUGUCUGUCACUGUAAGCACUUGAUUUUUGUAUGUUCUACUGGAGAGGUGAACAAAGUUUGCAGUAUUUCCAGUUUUAGUUGGCACAAGUUUCGGCAGAGUUUACAGUACACAGCACAUGUAAGUCACAUGUAGGCACUGCAAAAAGUACGGCCACACCACCAACGUCUCUUUACCUUGUUUAUCCACAGUCCCCUUAUUUAAAAGAUGUUGUGAAUGCUGAGCUGUCACUUUCUUCGCCAACACUUGAAGUUUUCUCUGAAGGAGCCCUGAUCUCUUCCGUAAAAUCACCAAAAGAGUAACAGCAGCAUGUAACAUGCUCAGCUACUCAAUCAAAUUCUGCAAUGCGUUUGUUGGACGUGUCCGUUCUUAUGAUUACCAUAUGAUUGGUUGGAAUUGGAUUUGUUGGGCACUGACCGUUCUUAAAGGGCUACCAUAUGAUUGGUUGGAAUUGCGUUUGUUUCUAUGACGUAAUUGGCUGUUAUGCGCUAUUGAGCAAUCUUUCUUAUGGAGAGUUCAUCGACGUUUCUCAAUGAUAAGUCGAUAUAUCUUUUAUAUCGAUCAGCUCUACCGGAGUGUUUUUUCUCUCCAUCAAAACAUUCCGCCAUGGUCACAGACAAGUCUUGUCCAAGUACAGAAAGGUUUACAAAUCCAUACUGUUGAUGUAAAUCAUCAAAUAUAUUUCAGAAAUAUAUUAUUUCGGUACACAGAAUCAACUUUGUGUGAGUAAAAUUAAUUUGUUACAGGUCAACUUAGGACGUCAAACGUCAGCAGGGAGCCUCCAGGCCUCCGAAGACGUAUAUUUGUACAAACCUCCUUUAUGUUGCACAUGCAAUUAGUACCUCUGCUCGCCACACGGUGGCAGAUUUUUCUCAGAGUACCAUCAAUAUUUUCUAAUGUAAUUAAUUGUAUAUUCUGAGUAAAUGUUUAUCGGGAAUUCAUUACAGAUAGAUAAUUUAGUCCAAGUAGAUGUGUUACCAAACUGUGAUGAUUACAUGAUAAUAGGCUAUUAAACUUACUUGAUUUUAUUUUUUCUUUAACAGGUAAAAUGGAUCUGUCUGAUGCUCUGGGUGAUGAGGCCUCCUCUGGACAGCAGUUGAACACUCAGGCUGGUGGACCAGCGUGGCCCGGUCAGCCCGGCCAACCUGCAUGGCCUGGUCAGCCCGGCCAACCAGCGUGGCCCGGUCAGCCUGGCCAACCGAAUCAACCAGCAUGGCCUGGUCAGCCUGGCCAAUCAGCGUGGCCUGGUCAGCCCGGCCAACCAACGUGGCCCGGUCAGCCUGGCCAACCAAAUCAACCAGCGUGGCCCGGUCAGCCCGGCCAACCAAAUCAACCAGCGUGGCCCGGUCAGCCUGGCCAACCCAUCCCAUCUGCUCCUCAGCCAUUUUCCAGCGGACCCCUGACGGUGCCAUACGACACGACCCUGCCCAGAGGAUGUUAUGACAAAAUGCUGAUCAGCAUCUCAGGGCAGAUCCAUCCUAAUGCUAACAUGUUUGCAAUCAACCUCGGCCGAGGCAAUGAUAUCGCCCUGCAUAUUAACCCCCGAUUCAAUGAGGAGGGGAGGCAGGUCAUUGUGAGGAACCACCUGCAGGGGGGGAACUGGGGCAAGGAAGAGAGGGAGUGUGGCUCGUUCCCCUUUGUUCGCGGAAAGCCUUUUGUGAUGAAGAUACUUUGCACCAAUAAUGAGUUCAGGGUGGCAGUGAAUAACAGUCACCUCCUGGAAUUCAAGCACAAGAUCCGUGAACUCAGCUCAGUCAACCACCUCAACAUCAUAAAAGACGUCACCCUCACCUCUGUCACGGUGGAAACUCUGCCCUGAAAUGCCUCUCAGUAGACUGGCUUACUGCACCCUGUUGAUCACAAAUCAUUGUUAGUUGUGCAUUCAAAAAGGAUGAGGUUAAUUUUGCAUGCCCAUACACUGUACUUUGUCAUGGCAAAAAAAAGGCGACAUAUAUUUUAUCAGUACAAUAUGUCAACAGGAUACUUGGGAAACUCAAUUACAAAAAAAUAUUCUCAUGUAUUUUAUACAUUUGAACACAUGCCAUAUAUUGCAAAGAUCAUAGCUCUUGUUUUCCAAUAAUAUUACUCUGGGGAAUAAUUUUAUAAAAUCAUGCUUCAUCAUG